AUGCCAUCUGUCAGCCCCUUACCAGCUUCUGAUGAAGCUGCCUUCUCCGAAACUACUUCAACGCAAAAUGACGCCGCUACGUCGGUGAUCUCCACCCCUUCCAUAGUAUCUACCGACAUUUUCAUUGAAAACCCCCCAAUUAAAUCGCCUACUUCCGUCACCGCGGUGCAUGGUUCUGUUGAAACUGCCGGUGAAGAAAGCCGUUAUCCAGAUCCAGUUGACCAAGCACGUUCUGGACAAUUGAUUCCGACUUCCCGAACUAUGAUCAAGGUCAGGGCUCGUCCUGCUGUGAGACACGGCCCAUCGCAAGUAAUAGGUCAUGGUGCUGUAAUAUGUGUAUCCCUUCCGACUCGCAUCUUGACCUGGCGACCUGAUUUACCUUCUAAAUGUGUGGCAUUCAUUUAUCGUUGGGACACCUUCUACAACGAGAACUGUACCAAACCAACCUACGUUCCGGACAGUUGCGAUUCUAUUUCAGAAUCAGUCGCAGUCUACCAAAUCGGAAGUAGUGUUGAUUUAUCAAAAACACGAGAUAUCAAUGAAUGGUCUGUUCGGGAGAUGCAAGGGAACGGUGUUGAAAUGCCGUAUGCAGGCAUUGUAAGGUUUCACCAUUGUUGGUCCUUUUAUGCUAAGGCCGGUAGAGAGACCGCUGUCGAACUGGUUAAUGCUCACGCUUAUGUUGAGGCCAUGCUUCAAUUAUUCAAAUUGAGUUUGUGCCAAUUGUGGGAGGAGCAAAAACAACCUGAAGAUGCAUUAGCUAUGGAGUUCCGCGAUUGGUAUUUUCGCACGUCGGUUUUACACGUCCCUUGUGUUUCUUUGAUACAAACGAUCGGUCAACUUGAUGAUGACGUGCCUUGUUGGAUGAUAUGCGAAACUGCCCACCACCCAACCAGUAAACGAUAUGUCUACCCGUCGUGCUUCAGGGACUCUAUGCCCGCUUCAGAUCCUUGGAAAGCUAUAAUCUUCGCUCUCAUUCAUUAUGUUUAUCAAAAGAGUGGAGGAGUCACUCUCUUAGCUCAAGUCGACUGUGACAUUUCGGGAAUUUUGACAAAUAUUGUCUGUUUCAAUAAAUCACGACGGUUCGAUCAAUCUGGUGAUGUGCAGCUCGUACUAUUUGAAGAAUAG